AAUUGGCGGCGGGGGAUCAAUAAUGACGCAUUGUUACGAUUGAAUUCGCUAGCGUUGCCUGGCAGUGACACGUAUUCGAUAUCGGUUUCCCUGAUUAUUACGAGACGAGAGGAAUGCGCAACAAUAUAUCCAAUCGGACAGGAAAAAAAGCGGCGCAGGUGGACGAUCGGACGCAUAGUGUGAUUUACGUCGCGGCGAGCUCUUCAACUCGAAUUGAAACCGCAUUAACGGCACAAUGUCCUUUUCAGUUGCGCGCUACGUUUCUCAUCAUCUGCAUCUUCUUCUCUUUUUCGUGAUCGAGAUGUGCGGUCAAACGGGACUGGCGCUCACCUUGGACGAUAAGAUGGCAUUGUACCAGAAUUGCACGAUUUUCGACACACCGGAUAUAUACGGCGGUCCAGUGUGCGGCGACGACGGCGUGACCUACGCCAACAGUUUUUACUUAGAUUGCAAAAAUCAUCAUGGUCGCGGGACUGUUGCCACGUUGCACUCCGGCCCGUGCUUGGAGAACGAACAAUACUGCAGCGUCAAUCUCUAUUAUGAUCCGGUUUGCGGUUCGGACCAAAAGAUUUACAGUAAUAUGCAAUCUUUGCUAUGCGUUCGUCACAAACAAUUCAGUGAUCUAACAGCCGUGCCGAUAACUGACUGCCCACAAAACGAUCACUGCCACCGAGGCGGCACCGAACAUUACGGGGUGAAUCCGGUCUGCGCCAGUAACGGGCUCACUUAUCAGAACGCGGCGCAGCUCAAGUGCCUGCAACGAUAUAAUCCCGGAUUGCAAAUUAUUCACGACGGCGGCUGCCGCGUCGAAUUUGUUCACGGGCUUUAUGCCGCGACGGCUUGUGACAUCGCAAAAGCGAGAUACGAGUGGAAUCCGGUCUGCGCGUCCGAUGGAGUCACGUAUCCAAAUCCUUUCGUCUUUCUUUGCUACCGCCCACAUCUGACAGUAAUGUCCAACGGGGAGUGCAACACGCACAGUCACGAAUCCUGCGUAGAGGCGCACACGAAUACGACGGUCUUGCCGAACGGCGAGUUCGCGAACGACGACUUCACCACGGGCGACGAGGUUUGCGGGAACGACGGUCGCACGUAUCAGAGUAUACAUCACUUGCAGUGCCACACUCGUCACGACAAAUAUGUGUUUCUGAAGCAUCACGGAGCCUGUUCCGGGCCGGACGAUCAACCUUGCGGUUCGGUACCGGAUGAGGAGCACAGACAACCGGUGUGCGGCACCGAUGGCCGGUCCUACGUGAGUCCGGAGGCCCUUUGGUGCGCUAAAUUACGCUCCCCGGAAAGGGAUAUCUCCUACAGGUACGACGGUCCAUGCUAACGAAGAUAUUGUCAGAAAUUAUGCGGCGGAAGGAAGAGUAUCAAGCACAGAAGAAACUGUAUUAUCAUGCGCGUUGGAAAAAUAUCAAAAUACUUGAAUUAUGCGGAAGAAUCAGAAGCUUAUUUCUCCAAGACGUUAAAAACGAUAUAUA